AUGGCUAUCAGAAGAAUCUUGAUGAGCUUCUGCUCCUUCUACCUUGUACUGAUUCUUAAUCUUUUUGUUCUUACCAAUGCUACAGUCCCGGCAAAGCGAUUCGUUUCUCCGUUUAACAGGACAAGUUUCCCUUCUGAUUUCGUAUUUGGUGCUGCUUCAGCUGCUUACCAGUGCACUCCAAGAACUCUCAGAUUGAAGGAGGAGCUCGUCAAGGAGGUAGGGGACCUAGUAUAUGGGAUACUUUCACGCACAAGCACCCAGCUAUCACCGUUACAAGAUGGGAAAGUAAGCAAAGGAGUGAAUCCAGUAGGCAUAAAAUUCUACAAUAAUGUCAUCAAUGAGCUUAUCUCCAAUGGUUUGACGCCAUUUGUAACGCUUUUCCACUGGGACACACCACAAACCCUUGAGGACGAAUAUGGAGGGUUUCUCAGUUCCAAAAUAGCGAAGGACUUUGGGGACUAUGCGGACAUUUGCUUCAAAGAAUUUGGUGAUAGGGUAAAGCACUGGAUCACCUUGAAUGAGCCAUUAUCUUAUAGCAUGUUCGGAUACGCAAGAGGUACCUUUGCACCAGGAAGAUGUUCGAGUUAUGUUGGUAACUGUACGGAGGGUGAUUCUGCCACUGAGCCAUAUAUUGUAGCUCACAACAUGCUUCUUGCCCGUGCAACCGGUAUCAAAGUAUAUAAAGAAAAAUAUCAGAAAACUCAGAAAGGACAGAUAGGAGUCACUCUGGUGACUCACUGGUUCGUGCCUAAAACAAAGACACCUCAGGGACGCAAGGCCCAAUUAAAAGCUCUUGAUUUUUUCCUAGGAUGGUUUUUGGAUCCAAUUACAUACGGUGACUACCCAGCCAGCAUGCGAGCUAAUGUAGGACGUCGGCUCCCGAAAUUCACACUGCAGCAGUCAAAGUUAGUGAAAGGAUCGAUGGAUUUCCUAGGAAUGAAUUACUAUACUACUUACUAUGCAUCUCCAAUGCUAUCUGUCCCUAGAGUUAAUCUUAGCUACACUACAGACAAUCAUGUAGAUAUGACUGCUGAAAAGGACGGAAAACCUAUCGGUACACCGACUGCCUUGAAUUGGCUUUACAUUUAUCCAAGAGGAAUAUAUGAUCUCAUGCUUUACAUCAAGCAAAAGUACAAGAAUCCUCCCAUCUACAUCACUGAAAAUGGAAUGGCAGAUGCCAACAAUAGCACAUUGCCACUUAAACAAGCCCUUAAGGAUGAUUUAAGGAUAAGGUAUUACGAGGGACACCUAUGGUUUCUGUCAAAAGCCAUAAAGGCGGGGGCAAAUGUGAAAGGACAUUUUGCAUGGUCAUUCUUAGAUGACUAUGAAUGGGAUGCUGGUUUCACUGUCCGAUUUGGCAUCACUUUUGUUGACUACAAAAAUGGACUUAAAAGAUACCUCAAGAAAUCUGCUUAUUGGUACAACAAGUUCCUCUUGAAUACUGGCAAAUAAAUAUGAGUCUGACUUGGCACCUGCCUCUUCAAAUUUCAACCCAGCCAUUCUUCUGCAAUUUAUAAUUCACUUCUGUUUUUUUUUUUUAAUAUGUUCUUUUUUCCUUAAAGAGUAUUCUUGUGAGGAUCUUCUCUUAGUGUCAUGCGUUAAGUGUCAUUGAGCUUUAUUUAUUGAAAAUAAACUGAGGAAUGCCUCAUUAUCAUUUGUAUUACUGCCAUUCAUAACCUACUAGCUUACAAUGGGAUUGUACUCUCCAUAGAAAUGAGGUUAUUAUCUGAGUUGGUGAGCAUUUACUUAAUUUCGUCCUAGAUGGAGGACUGAAACGCUUUAUAUUAUACUCUCGCCGUUGCCUCAUCUUAUGUGAAAACAAGUAGGAGU